GUAUGUAUCCACUAUGAAACUCUCAGAUCUACCCCCAACUCUCCCCAUUUAUUCUGUUUAUAGGCAUCCAAUUUCCACUCACCAUCUACAAAUCCAACAUUUUCUGUUGGAAAUUCGGAGCUUAGAUCUGUUAUCUGGACGCCAGUUGGUUGGACUACAAAUCUGCAUCUGGAAUAGACUAUCAUCUUUGAUUCUAAGAGAGUUGGGGAACCCACAAAUUUGAGCAUAGUUUGGAUAAUAAAUAUCAGAUUAUUCAACUGGGAUCCAUCAUCUACUAACAUAACUAUGAGAUCAUUCUUGUGAUCCAUCGAGAUUGCAUUGGAAGUGAAAACCGAUUGACGUUGUGGAGUAUCAGAGAUAACGUUAAUUAUGAGAGGAAGAACAGAUGGAUCACAGAAGAAACGUUUGCUCACUUCUGUCAUUCUUGUGGCAGUUUUUCUUCUUUUCCUGUAUUUGUAUUUUGGCUCUCAGAGUCAAGGUGAAUCAGCUCUAGAGUAUGGCAGCCGGUCUCUGCGCAAGCUUGGAUCCUCCUACUUAGGUGGGGAUGAAGAAUCUGAUAUUGGCAUCAAGCAAGAUGAUUUUAAGUUUGGGUUGGAUGAUGAAGAUGGUAUUGUGCCAAAGAGCUUUCCAGUUUGUGAUGAUAGAUACUCUGAGUUGAUACCCUGCCUAGACAGGAACCUUAUCUACCAGAUGAGAUUGAAGUUGGAUUUGUCUUUAAUGGAGCACUAUGAAAGGCAUUGCCCUCUGCCUGAAAGGAAGUUCAACUGCUUGAUUCCUCCUCCAACAGGAUACAAGGUCCCCAUCAAGUGGCCAAAGAGCAGAGAUGAAGUAUGGAAAGCAAACAUACCACAUACUCACCUUGCACAUGAGAAGUCAGACCAGAAUUGGAUGGUUGUAAAAGGUGAAAAGAUCAUAUUCCCAGGUGGAGGAACUCAUUUCCACUAUGGAGCUGAUAAAUACAUCAAAUCACUCGCAAACAUGCUCAACUUCCCAAAAGAUAAUAUGAACAAUGAGGGGAAUUUGCGAACUGUUCUUGAUGUUGGUUGCGGUGUUGCAAGUUUUGGGGGUUAUCUUCUUUCAUCAGACAUCAUUACAAUGUCUUUAGCACCUAAUGACGUGCAUCAAAAUCAGAUCCAGUUUGCUCUGGAGAGAGGCAUUCCUGCAUAUCUUGGGGUUCUUGGCACAAAGAGGCUUCCUUAUCCCAGCAGAUCUUUUGAACUUGCUCACUGUUCUCGUUGUAGAAUUGAUUGGCUUCAGAGGGACGGCAUCCUUCUCCUUGAGUUAGACAGGGUGCUAAGACCAGGUGGCUAUUUUGCCUACUCGUCUCCCGAGGCAUAUGCCCAGGACGAAGAGGAUCUUCGGAUAUGGAAAGAAAUGAGCGCACUUGUUGAACGCAUGUGUUGGAAAAUAGCUGCAAAGAGGAACCAAACCGUCAUUUGGGUCAAACCUCUGACCAACGAUUGUUACAUGGAGAGAGCUCCUGGCACUCAACCUCCUCUCUGCCGAUCAAAUGAUGAUCCAGAUGCAGUGUAUGGAGUCAACAUGGAAGCUUGCAUCACACCUUACUCUGACCAUGAUCAUACAAGCAAAGGAAGUGGAUUGGCACCAUGGCCUGCUAGGCUAACUUCUCCACCUCCUCGUCUUUCUGAUUUUGGCUACUCAACUGAUAUGUUUGAGAAGGACACGGAUUUAUGGCGUCGGAGGGUUGAGAACUACUGGGAUCUAUUGAGUCCAAAGAUAUCUGCAAAUACCAUAAGGAAUGUGAUGGACAUGAAGGCAAAUCUGGGUUCAUUUGGAGCUGCUUUGAAGAGCAAAGAUCUUUGGGUGAUGAAUGUUGUCCCUGAAGAUGGACCUAACACAUUGAAGCUUAUUUAUGAUAGAGGCUUAAUCGGCUCAAUUCAUAACUGGUGUGAAGCCUACUCAACGUACCCUCGGACAUACGAUCUCCUCCAUGCCAGCAACGUGUUCUCAGACGUGAUCGAGAAGAAGGGUUGCAGUGGCGAAGAUCUGUUGAUCGAGAUGGAUCGCAUUCUGAGGCCGACCGGUUUCCUAAUCGUUAGGGACAAGAAACCCGUAAUCGACUUUGUGAAGAAGUAUUUAACGGCAAUACACUGGGAAACGGUGGCGACAGCAGAUUCGGCCUCGGAAACAGAUGGAGAUGAUGUUGUGCUUAUAGUCCAAAAGAAACUAUGGCUGACAAGUGAAAGCCUAAGGGAAACAGACUAAGUUUUGAACCUAAAAACGGCGCUCUUAAAAAGAGGGAAAAAUGGUUCUGUUUUGUAGCAUCAGAUUGUGACUUUAGUUUCUCCUUAUCAUUUAGUUGAUUUAUUUGUUAUCAUAUACAUUUGCAUCUACAACUCUUAAUCUUCAUAUUUAUUUGUGUAUUAUUUAAGUUGGAUUUAAUUUAAAUAAUCCAAAUAUGCAUACUUUAUAUAC